CACUGCGUAGCGAGAACCACACUGUAGCGAGAUGAAUCUACUAUUAAUAACUUCUAUCGCUAAUCUGGUCACUUUCUUCAGCUCAACGAGAAUCUACAGAGAGUGUCGGCAAACUGGGAAUCUUGGCGUGCGUUGGCAAGCUUUGUACAGCUAACUACACGACUCGGUAGAGCCCGGAAAGUCGCCUUGGGCUAGCUCAACGUUAUUAAAUCAAGGGUGCGCAUGUCGACGGAAGAAAGAGAAAGAGCCGAGCUUUAUUCAAAAGCAGUUGAGAUCGCCCUUCUGUGCAUCGGUACCUUCGACGUCGACCAAUGUCACUUGAGCGAAAUCCUUCGUGAGCCAUCCACAGCGUCGAUACUUCUGCAGUGCUCGAUCGUGGUGCAAGAGAAUAAGGACGUCGUGACGUCCGAGCACGAUCUCCUCUACUGUUCGAUGCUUCAAUCGUGGCGCUACUUGGCUGUUCGGACAUGCCCGAUGUUGAAAGGUGAAAUUGUUAAUCGCGGAAGCAACUGCCUUGACGACGCCAUAAGUGAAUCUUGGUCUGCCUUUGAUCCGGCAACUUCCUGGCAACCACUUGGGAGCCCUUACGAACACUAGCUUAUGAUGAGGCCUUCUCUUGCAUGAGCUGAGAAGGGGUCAUAUGGGAAGCGAGUCGACAAGGUGGUGAGAUCCAAACAAGGUGGAUUGAACAAGUG